AUGAAACAUAUCAUCCUUGUCGGAGCGUGUUACUUGGACACGAUCCUAAGCGUGCCUCACUUCCCCGAGGAGGACUCCAAGCUUCGGGCGAACAGUCUCCAGCUUCGCCGGGGUGGGAACUGUCCGAACACGCUCGAGGUGCUCCUGCAGCUCCUCCGGCGCGAGCCCGGACAGUCCCCAGUCACCCCACACCUUAUAUCCUGCCUGCCAUCAUCCGAAUCGCCUGCCACGUCGAAGAUCUUGUCGUCGUUUGGGCCGGGCCCGGCCCUCGACUUCAGCCACUGUCUCUAUCGGCGGGGCUACACGGAGCCAGCGAGUAGUUACAUCGUCCGAAGCCAGGAGACGGGAAGCCGCACUAUUGUCAACUUCAAUGACCUCCCAGAGAUGACGCUGGAGGAGUUCGUGGCGAUCGCUGACGACUUCAGGGACAAGGGGGAGUGUCUCUGGCAUUUCGAGGCAAUCAAGGGCCGGAUUCCCGAGACGGUACUUGGUUGCAUCCGCUAUCUGCGCCGUGCGCUCCCAGACUCGAAAAUUAGCGUCGAGGUGGAGAAGCCUGGUCGAGAAGGUUUACGGGAGCUGGCCGCGGAGGCGAACAUUGUCUUCUACUCGCGACCAUGGGCCGAGAACCAGGGCUACGACACAGCCGAAUCAUGCCUACGAGGCGAGUCACCACCAAGAGCGUCUCUCGUCCUCUGUACAUGGGGUGCACAGGGAGCGUCUGCAUUGUCACUUCCAGCCGGGAAGUAUAUCCAGUAUCCCGCCACGACGUUAGGGCGGGAAAGAAUAAGGGUGGUCGAUACUAUUGGAGCGGGUGAUACAUUUAUCGCGGCACUCUUGUUCGGGGUGGCAUGUCACGGCAGCGACUGGGACUCGGAGCGAAAAUUGCGCUUUGCCGUCGACCUUGCAACCAAGAAGGUCCAGAUGGACGGCUUUGCGGGGUUGGUAGGUUGGUAA